GUAAUAAGUUCAUUCAACCUUCAUAUGUUCGUUUCGCGGGCAUUCGCGCGUUUUGUGUUUUGAUAUUGUGUUGGAUAUAUAUUCUCUAUAUCAUCGAAUUGAGAUAACGGGAUUGUUUUUAUGUUUCUUUACAAACUUACGUCACUUAUCUUUUUGUUAUCAGUUAGGAAUAUUCAACGUGUUUAAACAGCAUAUGAUAUAUAUUUAGCUGUAACAUCGGCGGCAUUACAACAGUCAAAAUGUCGGCACAGAUGAAGAAACUGGUGGAUCUCUACAAAUCAGUAGCUGCAUAUCCAGAUUUAGUUUCUGCGAGAAUUCAGGGUACUGCAAGUAAGAAGCUAUUCGUACAAAGUGUGUGGAAACAAAGGAAUCUAGAGAGGAAGACAAAUCAGACCUUUCUUCGGAAUUAUGACUUGAGUUCGGAUUUGACUUCAGUCUCUGCGACUGGAUUCCCAAUUGAUGUUACCACAGAACUUAUGUCUGCUCUGACCAAGAAUGAAGAACACAGAGCUAUACUGCGACAAGCUACUGUUGACAACACCACAAAACAGUUUAUAGAAAUUUGGGAUAAGGAACAUCUGAUGAAAAAUUAUGAUCUGUCAGCUUUGGAUGUCCAUGGCGAUGUUUAUACAGAUAUGGAAUUUUCUUCUUUUGAAUGGUCUCCGGAUGACACAAAACUUCUAUACGUGGCAGAAAAGAAGCUUCCCAAGUCAGAACCGUUUUACAAACAAAAACCAUUAGAUAAGAAAGAUAAGGAGAAGAAGGAAGAUGAGAUAUCAGUGGGCAACGAAUAUAUUUAUAAGCCGCAUUGGGGAGAGCAGUUGGUGGGCAAACAUCGUCCAGUUGUUGCAGUCCUUGACACCACAACGGAUAGCAUCACUAUUUUGUCCGGAAUACCGGACGAUCUUUCGCCCGGGCAGGUGACGUGGACGAAAGAUCAAGAUGUAAUUGGUGUUGCCUGGAGACACGAACCGCAAUACUUAGGCCUCACUGCGUGCACUAAUAGAUACUCCUGGAUAUUCUUAUUGAGGAACGGAGAAUAUCAGAAAUUAUCCGAUGAUGAUUGUGCCGUACAGAGCCCCAGAAUAAGUCCAGAUGGCAAUUAUCUCGUCUGGCUGCAGAGAAAAGCUGGUGCUGUUCCGCAUCACAACGCGCACAAACUCAUGAUGCGAGAUUUGAGAAAAGAGAAUCAUACCGAGGAAAUCGUGGAAGUGGUGGAGAUGAGUAAAACAAUUAAAAAUAAUAAGAAAUUUUACGGAAUAUAUCGUCGUUUGUCCCGUCGUUGUUGGAGCGAUGAUUCUCAGUAUUUGUUUUUCAGCACCCCCCAAAGAAACAACAUCGUUUCGUACAUUGUGAAUAUAAAAACAAAAGACGUCACCGAGAUAAAUAAUGACGGAAGCAGUCUCGUUGUAUUGGACGUGAAGGAGAAUGUGAUCGCGUUUCUGAACAUUUCCUUAACACAGCCAGCCAACUUGAUGGUCGGUCGUUUUGAACUUGGAGCGGCAGAUAGUGGCGAUAUUCCAAGAAUUGCGAUUUCAACUCCAGUGAAGAUUGAUGGUUUCGAGGAAAUCAUAUACGAACCUAACGAAUAUAUUUACAACAACGACGAUAGCAUAAAGCAAUUCAACUACAUUUACUUUGGCCCAAACAAUGGUAAAACCAAGUCUGUACCUUUCAUAGUUGUGCCACACGGAGGUCCUCAUAGCAAUUACACAAACGUACAUAUAUUGGAUUACUCCUUUUUCGUGAAAGCAGGUUUCGCGGUGGUGCAGGUGAAUUAUCGCGGUUCCACGGGUAUGGGCAGUGCGACCGUGGAAUAUCUUCAGGGCAAAGUAGGAGACGUGGAUGUGAAGGACUGUAUAACCGCUACCGAAGAAGCGAUCGAGAAAUACCCUUGGCUCGAUCGUGACCGCAUAGGUCUUUACGGUGGAUCUCACGGUGGAUUUCUAGUGACGCACUUGAGCGGGCAAGCUCCGGAUAUGUUCAAAGCAGUGGUCGCCAGAAACCCGGUAAUUGAUAUCUCCGUCAUGUUCGGUACAUCGGACAUACCAGAUUGUCGCAAUGCUCUGACUAAGGAAGAGAAAAUAGCGUUUCUUCGUAAUAUGUGCGUCGUAGAAGCGGGUUAUCCGUACAAUGUCCUCAGUCCUGACGAACCGACGAAUAAUACGUUGAUUGAUAUGUUCGUGAAGAUGAAGAAAUGCUCGCCGAUUGUGCACGCUGACAAGGUCAAGGCGCCAACUUUGGUCUGCAUCGGGACGAAAGAUCUGCGAGUGCCGUCAUCUCAGGGAACGAUGUGGUAUCAACGGCUCAAAAUCAACAAUGUGAAGACCAAAAUGCUCGUAUACGAGGACAAUCAUCCUCUGUCAACCGGACCAGUUGAGAUUGAUCAUGUCAUCAACGCUUGUCUUUGGUUGCUCGAGCACACGUCCGUGCGCGAGGAUAUCGCAGACGCGGAAUAAACAUUCUAUUUCUCAUCCAUACACACAUGUACAGUGUAUAUAAUAUAUAUAUCUUUAUUAUCACAAAGUAUAUUUAGAUAUUUACAUAGAUGUUAUUGCAAAGAUUUUAUAAAGAGACUUGUAUAACAUUCAAUUUCCAAAAUAUAUACACGCGCCGUCUAUAGGAUUUUAUAUAU